AUGGCCGACGAAGCACUUUCCAUUUACGAUGAAAUCGAAAUUGAAGACAUGGUAUUCGAUCCGAACCUCCAAAUCUACCACUACCCGUGCCCCUGUGGCGACAGAUUUGAGAUUGCGAUCGAUGACUUGCGCGACGGCGAAGACAUUGCCGUUUGCCCUAGUUGCAGUCUUAUGAUCCGGGUCAUCUUUGAUGCGUCUGAUCUUCCCAAGGACGGUAACCAGCCAGUGCCAGGCGCAGUCUCCGUGCAAGCGUAA